CGCGCUCCCGUCCCGUGCGUGCCCACCUCCUGUCUGCCAUCCGAUCCUACCCCGGUCUCCUCGCUGACUCAGUGCCUUAAGCAGCAUCCCCGUUCACCUGAACAGAGCUACAGCAUCCCCUGCGGAGAAAAUACUUCAGCCAUGGCUAAAACAGCAACCGCAUACAAAGAGAAGAUGAAGGAGUUGUCUGUCCUCUCCCUCAUCUGCUCCUGCUUCUACCCAGAGUCACGCAACAAGCUCAUGUGUGAGUUUGAAGACAUGGAGGUGAAACCCAUAAAUAAGAGGGCCUCAGGCCAGGCCUUUGAGGUGAUUCUCAAGCCUCUGUCUCCAGUGUCAGACGUAGCCCACAACCUCCCCUCAUCCCCCAAGAGAGAUAUCUCUUUGGAGGACAUUGAGAAGAAACUGGAGGCUGCUGAAGAACGGAGGAAGUACCAAGAGGCCCAGGUGCUGAGGGCUUUGGCAGAAAAGCGAGAGCAUGAGAGGGACGUGCUGCUAAAGGCCAUGGAAGAGAACAGCAACUUCAGCAAGAUGGCUGAGGAGAAGCUCCAGAUAAAGAUGGAGCAGAUCAAGGAGAACCGUGAAGCCCUUCUGGCAGCCAUGAUUGAGCGUCUACAGGAGAAGGAGAGACAUGCAGCCGUGGUGCGCAGGAACAAAGAGCUGAGGGAAGAGCUGACAGCAUAAGCCUCGCACAAGUCCCGACUUCCACGGUCCAUCUAUGUCCCUCCAUCCAGUCCUUUCCUUUUCCUCGCCCCUGCCCUCACCCUCCUCAGAACAGACACCCAACCCUGGAGGCCGAGAGGUUCGAGGACCUCAACACCACAUCACAACACACCACAUCACCAAUACUCACUACUAUCAGUAUUAUCAGUGGAUUUAAAAAUCAAUAACGCUCAUCUUGAGAAAUAAAUGGAUUUGUUGAUUCUAGAGAAAAUGCGAGAAUAUGGCUUUGUUUUGUAAAUACUUUUUUUUUCAAAUCUAUCUAUCGAUCCAUCCAUCUAUCUACCUAUCUAUCUAUGAUGGUAGGUGAAGUACAUACAAAGAUUGUACUGUACUGCACUGUAUAAUUUCAAACAUUUUGUUUGUCAUUGAUUAAUGUUUCAGUUCAUGAAAUUUGACUCUACAACCAUUUUGUUGUGAAAGCCCUCGGUGUUGUGAGUUGGCUGUAGACUGACCUUUGCAGUUGUUUCCUGAUGAUGUCAUGAUGAUGAUGAUGAUGAUGACGAUGAUGUUUCUGUGUCUUUGUGAAGAAUGACGGUUGGUGUACCUAGGCUACACACUCCUCAAGAUAUCGACGUAAUCCCAUCUGUAUCUUCCUCACGCACACCUUCUCAUUCUCAACACGCGCGCUUGGAAUUUAACAAUACGCCCAACACACAGAUUGAUAAAGUGUCCGCUUCCCCUGAAAUGAGCUUGAUAAUGGACUUGAGAGGUGCUUUGCUGUUUAUAAGAAUGUCUUUGCCCAAUGGGAGCAACUGUUUAUACACUUGCAGAUUCCCACUUACCAUGACAACGCCAUUUCUUGACAUAUCCAUCUUCAGCCAAAUCAAAAAUCUCUGUUUCGUACACAGUAUUUGGGGAUAAAUCUCUUGAAUGUUAUGACACCGUACUGGUACCACGCAUAGUGUCUUGGACAGUGGAAUGUGCCGUUGCUCCCACCCUGAUAUUGAUAGUGAGAACAUAACGUAUGUCUGUGUGGGUGUAUGUGAAUGCGACUUUUCCAUGAAGCAUCAUUAGUGUCUGCUCUCUUUAGGGGAUUAGAUAGAGAAUGGAUGCAGGAUGCUUUACAUUCAGCACACUGAACUAGUCUCUUUUUAAUAUACAGUACCACUGAUAUCUGCCUGCAUCCUCUGCUGCUUGUGUUUCUCCCUUCAUAUAUUUCUCUGUGAAAGCUUUGCUGAGUAAAGGUUUGGGGUUCUGUGAACAUGGCAUGCAACAUCCAACAAUUUUCUGUGCUAAAAGAGGAG